AUGGCUCCUGAAGUACCUGAUAAUCAAAGUGAAGAUGCAGUAGCACAAUGGCAGCAAUUGUUUGAUGAGGAACAUAAGAAACUGGGUGAAAAAGUUCAGAGGCAUAGAUGUCGCCCUGUUUGUUUCAAAGGUAGAAUAUCUAAUAGUCAAUGCCGGUUUGGGUUCCCACAUGAUAUUGUUGAAAGUUCAUAUUUUGAUGCAGAAACUAAUUCAGUUAUUCUUGCUCGUAAGGAAUGUGAUGUCAAUGGUCAUAAUCCUGUUUUGCUAGUAUAUGGACGGCAUAAUCAUGAUAUUAAAUGUAUUCUAUCUGGUAAAGCAGCUAAAGCAGCAAUGUUCUAUAUAUCUGAUUAUAUAACAAAAAUGCCUAUUAACACAGAUCAAUUAUUGUCAUUAUUG